AUGUCCAAAGUUACAGUAAAGACAGAAGUCAACAGUGAAGAACUGGACCCAUGUGGGGAGGGGGGCAAGUCCUCCAGUGUAUUGCAGAGCCUCAGGCAGACUUACACUGGUGAGGUACCCUAUAUGGAAACUUACUCUGGUGAGGAACCCUACAUGGAAACUUACACGGGUGAGGAACCCUACAUGGGAACUUACACUCGAGAGAAACCCUUCUUGGAAACUCAUGCCGAUGAGCAACCCAACCUGGAAACUGACAUGGCUGAGAAACCCUAUGUAUGUGGCAGAUGCAGCAAGGAGUUUUAUCGGCUGGGCUAUCUAAAGAACCACAUGCAAACUCACAUUGAAAAGAAACCCUACCAGUGUGAGGUCUGUGACAAGUGCUUUCGCCUCCCUUGCCACUUUAAGUGUCACAUGCAGACUCACACAGAUGAGAAACCGUACACUUGUGAGGAGUGCAGCAAGCAGUUUAGAAGAUCAUACACCCUACAAAUCCACAUGCGCUCGCACACUGGUGAGAAACCCUACAAAUGUGAGGACUGCAGCAAAUGCUUUAGUGGACGGUGUGACCUCAAGAGGCACAUGUUCACUCACACCGGUGAGAAACCCUACAUGUGUGAGGAGUGCGGCAGACAGUUCACCCGGGCCAAUUAUCUCAAGGUUCACAUGCAGACUCAUACUGGAGAGAGACCAUACCAGUGUAAAAUGUGCAGCAAGUCCUUCCAUCGUGCUAAUCACUUGAAGAGACACAUGCUGACACACACCGGUGAGAGACCCCACAAGUGUGACAAGUGUGGCAAGAGGUUUAGCUUAUCACAUGCCUUAAAGGUUCACAUGCACACUCACACCAUUGAAAAACCCUACAUGGAAACUCACACUGGGGCUGAACAGUACAUGGAAACUCAUACUGGUGAAGAAACCUCCAUGUACACUUACACUAGUGAGAAACCCUCCAUGGACACUCGCACAGGUGAGAAACCCUCCACGGACACUACCACUAGCGAGAAACCCUCCAUGGACACUCCCACUGGGAAGAAACCCUCCAUGAACACUCCCACUGGGAAGAAACCCUCCAUGGACACUCCCACUGGUGAGAAACCCUCCAUGGACACUCCCACUGGUGAGAAACCCUCCAUGGACACUCCCACUGGUGAGAAACCCUCCAUGGACACUCCCACUGGUGAGAAACCCUCCAUGGACACUCCCACUGGUGAGAAACCAUCCAUAAAUAGUUACACUGGUGAGAAACCCUCCAUGGACACUCCCACUGGUGAGAAACCCUACAUGGACACUCCCACUGGAAAGAAACCCUCCAUGGACACUCCCACUGGUGCGAAACCCUCCAUGGACACUUACACUGGUGAGAAACCCUCCAUGGACACUACCACUAGUGAGAAAGCCUCCAUGGACACUUCCCCUAGUGAGAAAGCCUCCAUGGACACUCGCACUGGUGAGAAACCCUCCAUGGACACUUGCACUGGUGAGAAACCCUCCAUGGACACUACCACUAGUGAGAAAGCCUCCAUGGACACUCGCACUGGUGAGAAACCCUCCAUGGACACUUGCACUGGUGAGAAACCCUCCAUGGACACUCCCACUGGUGAGAAACCCUCCAUAAAUACUUACACUGGUGAGAAACCCUCCAUGGACACUUACACUGCUGAGAAACCCUCCAUCGACUCUACCACUAGUGAGAAACCCUCCAUGGACACUCCCACUGGGAAGAAACCCUACAUAUGUGGCAGGUGCAGCAAGGAGUUUACUAAACUGGGGUGUCUAAACAACCACAUGCUAACUCACAAUAGAGAGGAACCCAACCAGUGUGAGGAAUGCGGCAAACGCUUCAAACUGUCUUAUUCCCUAAUUAGACACAUGCGGACUCACACCGGUGAGAGGCCCUACAAAUGUGAUGAUUGUAGCAGAGGGUUUAGAGAACGUGGUGAACUCAGGCGACACGUGUUAACUCACACCGGCGAGAAACCUUACAGCUGUGGGGUGUGCGGCAGGCAGUGCAACCGACGCAGUAAUUUGAAAGUCCACAUGCGGACUCACACUGGUGUAAAAUCCUUCCUGGAAACUCCCACUGGUGAGAAACCCAACAUGCAGACUCACACAGUUGAGAAAUCCAAUAUAGAAGCUCACACUAGUAGUUAG